AUGCGCUCGGCACAGAGUAAAGACAUAUCCAUCGCUUGGACAUGCUUCUUAAUGAAAACCGUUGGUUUGUGGCUGGCUGCCGAUCGCGCCGAACAACGCCGCAGAAAUUUCGCGUUGGUCUACACGAUCUCAACACUCUUUAUCGCCGCGUGCAUCGCGAUAAGGGAUUUCUAUUACUCGUGGGGAAAUUUCAAUGAUUGCGUCUAUAUCUCUUGCAAUAUUUUGUACCUGAUGAUCGUCCUCUUUAAGAUCGCCGUUUUGUACGUACACAAAAUGGAGUUCUUUGAUUUAGUUCGGUUCACGCAAACGAAUUUCUGGCAUUCGAAUUACGAUCAACAGGAAAAAUUGAUUCUGGACGACUGCAAGAGGUUGUGCGCUAUUUUCAUCGUUGUACUUAGUUUUUGUACUCAAGGCACGUGCGCUGGUUACAUGGUGACACCACUUUUAGCAAAUAUUGGAAAGAACGAAUCUGACAGGAUACUACCGUUUAAUAUGUGGGUGGAUUUCCCCACAGGGAUAUCUCCUUACUUUGAAGUAUUAUUCAUAAUACAGAUAUUAUGCGUGUAUCACGUCGGUGUGUGUUACAUUUGCUUCGACAAUUUCUUGUGUCUCGCGAAUCUACAUGUAUCUAGCCAGUUUCGAGUACUGCAAUACAGGUUGAUGAGUUUGAACGACAUCGUUAAGAAACAAAUUCGUGCUCGAGCUUCCAAUGAAAUUUUGUCAAGUUACGAGAACGAGUGCUCUCAAAAAUUGAAAAACUGUGUCCAUCAACAUCAGUCACUCACCGAAUACUGCAGAAUGCUUGAGAAUAUAUUUACAAUGAUUGUACUUGGUCAGGUGUUAUUCUUAGCUAUGGUCAUGUGCCUCGUGGGAUACCAACUAUUCCUGGCAGAUACACCUACCUCGAAAAGCGUCAGCUUGAUACUUAACAUGGCAGCUGUUUUAUGUCAGCUGUUCAUGUUUACAUACAGUUGUGAUGGUCUAAUACGACAAAGUGGUAAUGUUGGCAGUGCAACAUUUUCAGGGCCGUGGGCUGCCUUUCCAAUGGAUAAAACUGGCAAAUUGCUGCGAAAAAAUAUAACAAUAAUUAUUAUGAGAUCCAACAGAUCUUGUUGUUUGACAGCUAGUGGAUUUUUCCCCGUAUCUUUGGAAACCUACACUGGGGUUCUCAGUACUGCGAUGUCGUAUUUUACUCUAUUAAGGCAGUCAACUCUUGACAUGGAAAAUACAUAA